AUGGCACAAAGUGACGGGUUCUGUGGGGAGAUGUUAAACAUGGCACAAAGUGACGGGUUCUGUGGGGAGAUGUUAAACAUGGCACAAAGUGACGGGUUCUUUGGGGAGAUGUUAAACAUGGCACAAAGUGACGGGUUCUGUGGGGAGAUGUUAAACAUCGUGCAAAGUGACGGGUUCUGUGGGGAGAUGUUAAACAUCGUGCAAAGUGACGGGUUCUUUGGGGAGAUGUUAAACAUGGCACAAAAUGACGGGUUCUGUGGGGAGAUGUUAAACAUGGCACAAAGUGACGGGUUCUGUGGGGAGAUGUUAAACAUGGCACAAAAUGACGGGUUCUGUGGGGAGAUGUUAAACAUGGCACAAAGUGACGGGUUCUGUGGGGAGAUGUUAAACAUGGCACAAAGUGACGGGUUCUUUGGGGAGAUGUUAAACAUGGCACAAAGUGACGGGUUCUGUGGGGAGAUAUUAAACAUCGUGCAAAGUGACGGGUUCUGUGGGGAGAUGUUAAACAUCGUGCAAAGUGACGGGUUCUUUGGGGAGAUGUUAAACAUGGCACAAAAUGACGGGUUCUGUGGGGAGAUGUUAAACAUGGCACAAAGUGACGGGUUCUGUGGGGAGAUGUUAAACAUGGCACAAAAUGACGGGUUCUGUGGGGAGAUGUUAAACAUGGCACAAAAUGACGGGUUCUGUGGGGAGAUGUUAAACAUGGCACAAAAUGACGGGUUCUGUGGGGAGAUGUUAAACAUGGCGCAAAGUGACGGGUUCUGUGGGGAGAUGUUAAACAUGGCACAAAGUGACGGGUUCUUUGGGGAGAUGUUAAACAUGGCACAAAGUGACGGGUUAUGUGGGGAGAUGUUAAACAUGGCACAAAGUGACGGGUUCUGUGGGGAGAUGUUAAACAUGGCACAAAGUGACGGGUUCUGUGGGGAGAUGUUAAACAUGGCACAAAGUGACGGGUUCUUUGGGGAGAUGUUAAACAUCGUGCAAAGUGACGGGUUCUGUGGGGAGAUGUUAAACAUCGUGCAAAGUGACGGGUUCUGUGGGGAGAUGUUAAACAUCGUGCAAAGUGACGGGUUCUUUGGGGAGAUGUUAAACAUGGCACAAAGUGACGGGUUCUGUGGGGAGAUGUUAAACAUGGCACAAAGUGACGGGUUCUUUGGGGAGAUGUUAAACAUGGCACAAAGUGACGGGUUCUGUGGGGAGAUGUUAAACAUGGCACAAAGUGACGGGUUCUUUGGGGAGAUGUUAAACAUGGCACAAAGUGACGGGUUCUGUGGGGAGAUGUUAAACAUGGUACAAAGUGACGGGUUCUGUGGGGAGAUGUUAAACAUCGUGCAAAGUGACGGGUUCUUUGGGGAGAUGUUAAACAUGGCACAAAGUGACGGGUUCUGUGGGGAGAUGUUAAACAUGGCACAAAGUGACGGGUUCUUUGGGGAGAUGUUAAACAUGGCACAAAGUGACGGGUUCUGUGGGGAGAUGUUAAACAUGGUACAAAGUGACGGGUUCUGUGGGGAGAUGUUAAACAUCGUGCAAAGUGACGGGUUCUUUGGGGAGAUGUUAAACAUGGCACAAAGUGACGGGUUCUGUGGGGAGAUGUUAAACAUGGCACAAAGUGACGGGUUUUGUGGGGAGAUGUUAAACAUGGCACAAAGUGAUGCGUUCUGUGGGGAGAAGUGUGAACACUGCACACAAGUUUAUUCAAUUGUGUUUAGGUCUUGA